ACUGCAAUUCAAAGUAUCAUACAAACUGGUCAAGAUGUUCAUCCAAAGCUUCCUGUUGCUAUUGGCGCUCAAUUCCCUGUCCGCAGGACCAGUAAUCCGGCCGGAAGAACGCAUUAUCGGUGGACAACCCAUUGGAAUCGAGGAGGCACCAUGGCAGGUGUCCAUACAACGUGAUGGCAAACAUUUAUGCGGUGGCUCCAUUUACAGCGCAGAUAUCAUCAUUACUGCGGCCCAUUGCGUCCAGGGCCAGGGAUAUCAAGUUCGGGCAGGAUCCGCCUUGAAGAACUCCAAUGGAAGUGUUGUCGAUGUGGCCGCUAUAAGGACGCAUGAGGGAUUAGGAAACGACAUCGCCAUCGUGCGGCUAAGUAAGCCACUUGAGUUCACAAACCAAGUUCAGCCCAUUCCAUUGGCCAAGACAAAUCCCCCGCCUGGAUCGAUUGCCUUCGUCUCUGGCUGGGGAAGUUCUUCUUAUUACUCACAUCCCAUCGAUCUUCAAGGAGUAAACCUUUACAUUCAAUGGCCGUACUAUUGUGGAUUAACUGAACCGUCAAGAAUAUGCGCCGGAUCUUUUGGAAGGGCGGCUUGUAAAGGAGACUCUGGUGGACCGUUGGUGUUUGACCAACAACUUGUGGGUGUUGUAUCCGGGGGUACAAAGGAUUGCACGUAUAGUUCAAUCUACACUAGUGUCCCAUAUUUCCGUGAAUGGAUCUUAAAUGCUAUCGAUGAAAUAAUGUCAGCGAAUCGAAACAAAUAAAUAUUUACAAUUGCACAACU